AUGUCGUCAAAAAGAUACGAGAAAAGUCCACCAAUGCAAACACCUGCUAGUUCAAAGCAAAAAUAUAGCUUGAAGACGCCGAUAGAGGCUCUUCGACGGAAGCGAUUUUGCACUGAUAUUCCUUGCUGUAUUCUAUUUCUUGUAUUCGUUGCCGCUUUUGUGGUCUUAAGUGUUUUUGCCUUCAAAGAAGGCGAUCCAAGACAACUACUAUAUCCCACUGAUAGUUUUGGUAAUCUCUGCGGCACAGGCGAACAUGUCGAGCGACCAUAUGUUUAUUUUUUUGAUUGGACAAAAUGUAUAAAGUCACUUAAUGUACCUGCUAAUAUUUUAAGUGGUCGUCCGUUCGUUUGUCCUACAACACAAGUGUGUGUUCAAAAAUGUCCAAGUAAAACAUCAUAUUAUAAAUUUGAAAAUUAUGCUGCGAAUAGAGUAUGCAAAUAUGAUGUUGAUUCAAGUGAAGUUGAUUAUGAUAUACUAGUUCAAGAAGGUAGAUGUGCGUCGUAUGUAAUUGAUAGUAAACCAUUGUUUGGUCGAUGUGUUCCUCGACAGUUAGAAAGUUUGACUAAUUCUAUAAUUGAGGUACCGGAUGGUACUGGAAAUAAUUCAAUUGUAUUUGAUUCAAGUGGGCAACCGUUGAAUGGCUCUAAACUCGAACUAGGCGUUAAAUAUCUAGUCGAAUUACUUAAUGUAAAACAAAUAAGUGCAAUGCUUGUUGAGGAUUUUACAACAUCAUGGAAAUAUAUUUUGAUUGCAUUUGCCAUUGCUGCAGUUGUAUCGUUUGUAUGGAUUGUAUUAAUGCGUUGGUUUGCAAAACCACUUGUUUGGCUUGGCAUAAUACUUUUUAUCGUCUUAUUAGCAGUUAUAAGUGCUUUAUCAUUUUUGGAAUUCAUUGAACUUCGCAAAAAAAAUGGCAAUCAAAUAUUAACUGAGUUUAAAUUUGUUACUGAUGCAAAUUAUUAUAAAAGCUUACCAAUAACAUGGCUAGUUAUUGCCAUUCUAUCAACUAUUCUACUUGUCAUAUCUAUUCUUAUUUUUUUCGUAAUAUUCAAACGUCUACGUAUAGCUCUAGCUAUCCUUCAAGAAGCUUCAAAAGCUGUGUCGUACAACUUUUUUAGUCUUCUUUGGCCAUUUAUACCAUUUAUAUUACACAUCGGAGUAUUUGUUUAUUGGGCAAUUGUAACAGUAUAUUUAGCAACUGCAGGAAAACCGAUCUAUCGAAUAGCAUUGAAUGACACGGAAAAUGCUAACGAUGCAAGAUACGGUGACAUAUGUAAUCCGAAAGAAUUCGAUUAUCUUAAUGAAGCAAAUGCUGCAUGUGUCUUUUGGGAAUAUGGAUACGAUCCAAAGGUUGAUUUAGAUAGUGUUCUUAAUGGUACUGGUAAACAUUUUAAAUCUUUUAUUAGUUUUGUCAAUCAAAAUCAAUGGCUUCCUCAAGUAUUCUCUGCUUUCAUGUUCUUUUGGUUAACAGCUUUUGUUGUUGGUCUUAGUGAAUUAGUACUCGCUGGUGUUUAUGCGCGUUAUUAUUGGGAUAAACAAGGACUUGGUGUUCCAUGUGUAUCAUUGGGUCAAUCGUUAUUUCGUGCACUUGUAUUUCAUCUUGGUACACUAGCGUUCGGUUCGUUAAUUAUAGCCAUUGUUAAAUUGAUACGUGCAUUAUUAGAAUAUGUUGAAAGUAAAGUUAAAGAAAAGACAGGCCGCUGUAGUCGUUGUGUAUUUUGCUGUUGUCGCUGCUGUUUAUUCUGUUUGGAAAAAUUCUUAAAAUUUCUCAAUCGAAAUGCUUAUAUACUAACAGCAAUAUAUGGCAAAGGAUUUUUUACAUCAGCACGUCACGCAUUUGCAAUUAUCAUCUCGAAUCCCAUUCGCUUACUUGUGAUCGAUAAAGUAUGUGAUUUUCUCAUAUUUCUUGGUAAAAUAUGUAUUACAGGUGGCAUCGGUGUUCUUGUUUUCUUCUUUUUUACACAUCGAAUAGCACAAGCUGAAAAUUAUGUACCAGAAUUACAUUAUUAUUUCAUACCAUUACUUUUAAUCAUUAUCGGCACCUAUAUUAUUGCAACAUGUUUUUUUUCGGUUUAUGCAAUGGCUGUUGAUACGAUCAUGAUUUGUGCGUUGGAAGAUAUUAAUUUGACGAAAAAAAAUGAAAAUCAUAAAUUAAUGAUGUCAAAAGAAUUGAGAUCAGUAUUUCGUAUUAAGAAACAAAACUAA